AUGUCUGCGCCGACGGGCAACGCGGGCUGGACGCAGCUGCGGCAGCAAGCGCGGAACCUAGAGACUCAGACACAAAGCCACUUCCAUACGUAUUCGCAGUUCGCCAGCACGGCCGACAUCCCGAAGAAACCAUCGCCAGAGGAGAUUGAGACCGAGAAUAAGAUUGAGGAACUGCUAGAAAAGCGCGACGGAAUCAUCACCCAGCUCGCUCGCCUUCUGGACUCGGAAGCCGCCCUCACCUCCUCUGCCGUCAAGCAGAACAACCUCUCCCUCCUCAGAGAGAACCUCGCCAACCACCGCCGCGAUCUUACCCGCUUGCGCUCCAACCUAAAGGAGGCGCGCGACCGAUCGAAUCUGCUCGGCAGCGUACGCGAUGAUAUCAAGGAGUACCGCGCCAACAACCCCGAGGCGGCUGAGGCGGAGUACAUGGCGGACGAGGGGCGCCACAUUGACCGCAGCCACGAGAUGACGGACAACAUUAUCAGCCAGGCGUAUGCUAUCCAGGAUAGCUUCCUGUCGCAGGGCGAGACCAUGGCCAGCAUCAAUAGGAGGAUCAACAUGGCUGCCAGCAAGAUCCCAGGCCUCAACACCCUCAUGACGAGGAUCUCGGCCAAAAAACGGAGAGACGGGAUCAUCAUGGGCACGUUUAUCGCGUUCUGUUUCAUCUUGUUCUUUUUCCUCUCGUGA